CAAUAGUCAACACAAGACUUUUCUCUUUUUUUUUUCUUUCCCAUUUCCCACUCCAUAAGUCCCAAUAACUAACUAACUCCGUUCCCCUUUCACUUCACUUCAAUCAUCAAUCAUGGCCACACUAUUCCGAAAACUACGCGAAUCAGCAGCAUCGUUUAAACGAUCCACCACCACCGCCACAACAACCACCUCCAAUAAUUCAUCACAACGAUCUCAUCAUCAUGACGCUCCUUUGGGUUUAUUCGACUCACUCCCUUCUGACAUACUCCUCAAAAUCAUACGAUUGUUGGAACCUAAACACGCCGCUAAACUCUGCAUCGUUUGCAAAUCAUGGCGAUCUCUUGUUUCCGAUAACGAACUCUGGGAUCAUUUUCUUCAGAAUCGCCAGCCUCUACACUAUGAUUCCAUUAUCUUCUCGGAAACUAAAUUAACCUCUGGUUAUCCUCUUCCGUUCUUUGUUACUCAAACGCCACGCGUGUUGUCGUUUAAGCAUAUUUAUGGCCAACGGGAACGACUUCCUCCUGCUGUUAUCAUCGACGGUGGUUCUGGCUAUUGCAAAUUUGGUUGGAGCAAAGAGGAGCGUCCAUUGGGGCGAACUCCUACCUUUUUGGAAUUUGGUAACGUGGAGACACCGAUAUAUACUAGGCUUCGACAUUUUUUUGGGACCGUCUAUGGCAGGAUGAAGGUGAAACCAAGUUCUCAAGCAGUUGUUGUUUCUUUACCAAUAUGCCACUAUGAUGAUACCGAAUCAGCCAGAGCAUCAAGACAGCAGCUUAAAGAUGCAAUCUGUGCUGCUCUAUUUGACCUGAAUGUUCCUGCUGUUUGUGCUCUCAACCAGGCAACUUUAGCUCUGUAUGCUGCAAAACAAACUUCUGGAAUAUCUAUUAAUAUAGGCUUUCAAGUCACAUCUGUAGUUCCAAUUUUAAAUGGUAAAGUGAUGCGAAAGGUGGGUGUGGAGGUUGUGGGGCUGGGAGCACUAAAACUUACAGGAUUUCUUAGAGAGAAAAUGCAACAAAACAGCUUAAACUUUGAAUCUUUGUACACUGUUCGCACACUGAAAGAGAAGCUAUGCUAUGUGGCCUAUGACUAUGAAGCUGAGCUAUUGAAAGAUACACAAGCAUCAUUUGAAGCUGGUGAAGGGAGGUAUACACUCUCGAAAGAGCGGUUUCAAACAGGAGAGAUUUUAUUCCAGCCACGUCUUGCUGGGGUUCGAGCAAUGAGUUUGCACCAGGCCACAGCUCUCUGUGUGGACCAUUGCUAUUCUGCAGAAUUAGCAGGCGGCAGUGAUUGGUUUAAGACCAUUGUCUUAUCAGGAGGUUCUGCGUGUUUACCAGGUUUAGCAGAAAGGUUAGAGAAGGAACUUCAUUCGUUACUUCCUCCUGAUAUGUCGAAUGGAAUCAGAGUCAUCCCUCCUCCACAUGGUGCGGAUACUGCAUGGUUUGGUGCAAAGCUUAUUGGCAGUGUGAGCUAUCCACUAAGUCUUUUAAACAUUCACAUUUUUCUUGCUCCACAGGACCUCACUUUUAUGCUGAUUAAGUUGGAACAUUUUGAUGAUUGAAACUUUCUAAAAAAAUGGAGUUGACUAGAUAUUCAUUAACAACUUUGUGUCAGCUUAUAUAUGGUUACAUAAUAUAAAUAGUUUGUGCUUAUGUAGAGCUGACUGUUUGUGAAUUAUAUUCAGUUGAGCACAUUUCCUGCCCCCUGGUGUACAACAAAGAAGCAGUUCCGUCAGAAGUCUAAACUCAACCGAAUAUGGUGAUUACUUGGUUCGAAUCUUCUAUUCUUGAUGAUAUAAUUAUUCUAUAACAGCAAUUCUGCUUAAUAAUUUCCAUCAUGGGGCAGCAACAUGAUAGGAGUGAAUUUAGUUUUACUUGUACUUUAAUAACAAUUACUUUAUGCAUAGCUUUGCUGAUAAAAAGCCUACAUAAGCAUCCAGUUUGUUUAGAAUGAAAAGAGACAGGCUUCAUCUGUAAUUUAAGUACUGUACCAUGUUCAAAAUGUGUUAAUACGGUUUAAGACCAAAUCCACAAGCUGAAGGGUUUAAAGUAUCAGAGAUACAUACGACUUGGUAAUGGAUAUUAUUGGUUAUGGUUAUGUAAGUGCAACCAAUAAUAGAAAGAAAAAAAAAAUGAUUGAUGGAGAAACUAAAACAAGGACACAAAUUUGGGUGGGUUGGUGUCAAGGUUUGGGUGAAGAUGAUAAGUGCUGCUGUGGUUAUGGUCAAUGGCAAGGAGUACUUGCAGUGGUUACACUUCUACAGUUUGAUGCUACUUUAGUGGGGCGGAUGGAGAAAACGAGACAUGGUUCUUGAGUGCAUUGUUUGUGGUUAGUGGAGAGGAAGUUUGUUGUGGGAAAAGAUGGGAUUGCUUUUGCUUCCUAGAAAAUGACUUGUAACAAAUUUGUUUCUUAAAACUUGCAAUUUCAAUGUAAUACUUGAAAAUUUAAAAUUCUCAAUCAUAUUAAUUAUUUUGGACA